AAGCUUGAAGAUGAGAAAUAUUUUGGAAGAAUUCGAUCGGGACCAUGGUAUUAGACCACCUACCAUUCUUGGAGUUCGGGAACAUGUAUUUACUGGAAGUGUCUCCUCCUUGGCCUCUUUCAUGUCCAGUCAAGAAACUAGCUUUGUAACUCUUGGCCAACGAGUAUUAGCCAAACCCUUGAAGAUCCGCAUGCAUUAUGGUCAUUCAGAUGUCUUUGACAGAGUUUUUCAUAUUACUCGUGGUGGUAUUAGCAAGGCCUCUCGGGUCAUCAAUGCUAGUGAAGAUAUCUUUGCUGGUUUUAACUCAAUUCUACGUCAAGGGAAUAUUACUCAUCAUGAGUAUAUUCAGGUGGGCAAGGGGAGAGAUGUGGGGCUCAACCAAAUAGCUCUGUUUGAAGGGAAGGUUGCUGGUGGUAAUGGUGAACAGGUUCUUAGUAGAGAUGUAUACAGACUUGGCCAGCUUCUUGAUUUCUUUAGAAUGAUGUCAUUCUACUUCACAACAGUUGGCUUCUAUUUCUGUACAAUGUUGACGGUGCUUACUCUGUAUAUUUUCUUGUAUGGGAAGGCAUACCUGGCGUUUUCUAGAGUUGGAGCUACUAUUCGAGAAAGAGCUAUUCUCGUGAACAAUACUGCACUUAGCGCCGCCCUCAGUGCUCAGUUUCUGUUUCAGAUUGGUGUCUUCACUGCUGUGCCAAUGAUUCUAGGCUUUAUUUUGGAACAGGGUUUUCUCCAGGCCAUUGUAAGUUUCACAGCUAUGCAGUUUCAGCUAUGUACUGUCUUCUUCACAUUUUCUAUUGGCACAAGAGCCCAUUAUUUUGGACGGACACUUCUCCACGGUGGUGCUAGUGUUUGUCAACAGUACAAAACCACUGGAAGAGGGUUUGUAGUCAAGCAUAUCAAAUUUUCUGAGAACUACCGUCUUUAUUCCAGAAGUCAUUUUGUUAAAGGGAUGGAGGUUAUACUCUUACUGGUUGUCUACCUUGCUUGUGGAAAUGAUGAGGCUGGUUCUGUUUCGUACAUUCUCCUGACUGUUAGCAGCUGUUUCUUGGCUUUCUCUUGGCUCUUUGCUCCUUACCUGUUCAACCUUUCUGGGUUCGAGAGGCAAAAAGUGGUGGAAGACUUCAAAGAAUGGACAAAGUGGCUCUUUCACAGAGGUGGUGGGAUUGGUGUGGAAGGAGCUGAAAGCUGGGAAGCAUGGUGGGAAGAUGAACUGUCUCACAUUGGGACCUUGAGUGGGAGGCUGGUGGAGACCAUAUUAAGUCUACGAUUCUUUAUCUUCCAGUAUGGUGUUGUCUACAAACUGAACGUGCAUGGAUCAGAUACAUCGUUUGCGGUGUAUGGUUGGUCAUGGGCUGCAUUUGCGGUGAUUUUAGUUAUUUUCAAGGUCUUUGCCUUCAUUCAGAAGAUUUCUGUCAGUUUCCGUCUUGUGCGUAGAUUUAUACAGGGCCUUGCCUUAUUGGUGUCUCUAGCUGGUAUAAUCGUAGCGGUUGUGCUGACAGAGUUGUCAGUGACAGACAUAUUUGCUUGUGUAUUGGCCUUUUUACCAACGGGAUGGGGAGUCCUUUCUAUUGCGUGUGCUUGGAAGCCAACCAUUAAGCGGAUUGGGAUGUGGGAAUCAGUACGUUCCCUGGCAAGACUGUAUGAUGCAGGAAUGGGAAUGCUUAUAUUUCUUCCUGUUGCGCUCUUCUCGUUGUUCCCGUUUGUCUCUACCUUCAGACACGUAUGAUGUUUAACCAAGCGUUUAGUUGAAUGCUAUCAGUCUAUAUAAAUGUGUUUUUCUUUAUUAGUUUUAUGAGUUAACGAGUGUAGUAGUAGUAGAAAAUGAAUGAGAGCCUAUUUGUAAAAUUUGAAGCAUUUUAAGACUUUUGUAGAUUCAGUACAUGUUGCAAGUCAGACUUUUGUAGUA